UUACUGGCGAUAGUUAUGACAGACAGAAGGCAGUUGAUUUUGCAAUGACCUAUUGCUGCAAUCCAAAACCUGAAAUUUGCCCUGUUCAAAAAAAUAAAAAUGGUGAAGAAGAAGAUUGUACCAAUUUUGCUUCUCAAGUCUUACUCAGUGGUGGUUUCUUUCCAACUGAACAUUGGUAUUGUGGUACAUAUGCAUGGGUUAAUGUAAAUGGUUUUUACGAUUAUCUUAUACAAUCCAACUUAGCGAGAAAAUGUGAAUUAAAGGAUCUGCAACCAGGAGACUUUAUACAAUAUAAUGAGAAAUACCUAAUUGUUUUUGAUAACUGGCAUCAUACGGCUGUGGUUAUUGAAAAAGGAAACAACCCUAAGUUAGUUUACCAUAGCGUUAAUAGGUGUAAUAGUAAUCAUGAUUAUGUUAAGAAAACAUUUAAUGAAGCCAGAUUUCUUUGUAUUAACUCACCCCCUCCAACUUCACCUAUAAAAAUUCUAUCAGUGCCAGGGAAUGAUAAAUGCUCUAUUUAA